AUGAAUUUUCAAAAUAUAAAAAGAAAGAAGCAAAAGAGAGAAGCAGAGGAAUCCUCUGAGGACUCCUAUGAUUUAGAGGAGUUGAAACAACAGUUUAUGGCAAUAGUUGCCAAGAUUACCAAAGAAAACGACAGAAUCGACUUUAUUAGUUUCGUAAGCGAGCAUCUCGAUUUGAAUAUCGAAGACACUGAGCAUGACCCAACUCAAGAUGAAUCACAAGACGACGUUAAACUUGCAACCAUCAUACAAGAUCUUAAAGAUCAUAUGCCAUCAAUCGAUUGUAUAGCUCCAAACGAAAAGACAAUCAUACCUAAAAAUGAUAAUUUUAAAGGAUAUACAAAAGAGAAUACAAUCAAUGUUGAUUCAUUUUUAUAUACAGAUGAUGAAAUCGAUGAUCUUGUAGAGGCAGGUAAACUAAAGAACAACUAUUGUCUCGAUUGUAAAUCAUACAAUGUAAAACCACUUAAUUUUAUAUCGCAUUCAACAUCACCUCAAUUAUUAAAAUUUGUAUUUAGUGACGGUGUUUUAAGUGGUGACCAAAGCAAGAAAGUAUUCCUUGAUAUAGGUUCGAGAUUAGGCUCAGUUUUAUAUACUGGUUAUUUAUUUAGUAACAUUAAACAAUUGGUUGGUAUAGAAUUGGAUAAGUUCUUUUAUGAUCUACAAUGUGAUAUGGUCAAGAAGUACGAUAUGAACGAUCGUAUCAAGCUGGUGCACGGUGACAUUCUAAAGAAUGAGGCGUUAAUCAAGAAUGCCGAUAUCAUCUUUAUGAACAAUGUUUUCGAGUUUUUCGAAUCCGAUCUUAAGGUACACAUUGGUUUCUGGAACAAGCUGAAAGAGCUGACUCUCGGCAGAAAAUCGGUGCGUAUCAUCUCUAUUCCUUCGAUUCAAGACAUCUUCAAGUACAACAAACUCGGACUGUCUCUCAAAGGCUGGCUCAAAGAAGUCCACUUACACCCAGAACAUCUCAAGCAUCUAGACGAUGACGGUAUCGAUGAAUUCAAAGAUUUACAUUUAUACCAAAUUUGUAAGAAAUAA